AUGGAGCUUCGAAUGGCCAAAACCACUGACCUCCCACAGCUUGUCGAGAUCGUAGUGGGCUCUACGCCAGACGAUGUUACUUACCAAUAUGAGUGGCCACGCCGCCUUGAAUACCCGGAGGUUAUGCGGUCGAUCUGGGAAUCCAAGCUCGAAGGGCUGUUUUCCGAAUGCCGCGUUAUCGAGAAAAACGGGAACGUAAUUGCAUUCGCCAUCUGGUCUCAGGAGAGCCACGCCAAGCAGCUAGAUGUAUGGCCUCCGGAGGACCUUAUCGAAAAAUUCGAGCUCGUCGGCUCCCGAGCGCGCUCUGACGUCCUGGAAAACGCCAGCAGGUCGAUCCGGAACAACAUCAAAAACGCCGGCAUUCAACAAUGGUUCACCAUGCACCUGCUCGUAACAGAUCGUCCCUUUCGUCGCCUCGGCGCUGCAGCGAUGCUCCUUGAGGACAACCUUGGGCCCUUUGUAUUAUCUGGAAGCAUGGCUCAAGCGUCUGGUCCGCCGCCUCCGCCGCCGCCUCCGCCGCCGCCGUCUCCCCUGCCUCCGCCGCCGCCGUCUCCCCCGCCUCCGCCUCCCAGAAAUGACAAAGAUGAUCUGAGCUUCAUGCAGACGCUGGAGGAGUCUCAAAGAAAAGAUAUGGGCUUUUAA